AUGGGGGAUCAGCAGUGCAUCCCCAUGUAUGGGGGUUCAAUUUCAGUCCUCAAAUUUAUAUUGUGUUUUGGGGCUCCGAAUGUAAGUGUAUUUUGGGUCAAAAGUUAUAUAUAUCCUCAAACAUUUAAAGAUAAGUCUCCCAAUGGGAGUGCUCUAACAGGGAUUAACCUUUUUGUUCCUUCACUAUCGGUUCACGAGCUGGUAUCUCAAGAUUCUACAAAGAUGAUGGUGAAUGUCAAAUGCACUGAAACGGAGAGACAGGCUCUUCUCGACGUCAAACGAGACCUAAUUGACAUAAUGGUCGUAUUUCUUCGUGGGGCAACAGCCACGAUGGCGAAAAUUGCUGCCAGUGGAGUGGUGUUGCCAGUGACGUCCACACUGUACCUGGACCUCAGUCAUAAUGAAUUUGCAGUGCCUAAUCCGAGUUUCAUUGGUUCACUAACAGAAUUAGUUCACCUUGAUCUCUCAGAAGCUGGUUUUCGAGGUGUGGUUCCAGAUGAGCUUGGGAAUCUCUUCAAGCUCAAUUUUCUUGAUCUCAGCUCGAAUACUUUUGAAUUGAGUCAUGUUCCUAAGUUUAUUGCUUCCUUCUCCAGCUUAAAUUACCUUGAUCUUUCAGAUAAUCAGUUUUCAGGAGCACUUCCACAUCAGUUUGGUAAUCUUUCUAAACUGCAAUAUCUUGAUAUUAGCUCCAACAAGUUGCAAGGCCAAAUACCAAACUCUUUCGGUCUUAUGGUUGGGAUCACUUAUUUAAAUCUAUCUUUCAAUCACCUUCAGGGCGUGAUUCCAAACUCCUUGCAUCAUCUGUCAAGUUUGCGAAUUGUUGAUUUUAACCAUAAUAGCCUCACAGGAAACCUUCAAGAUCUCUUGUUUUUGUUGCCUCGGGCUACUUUACAAAAAUUGUGGAUAUUUAAAAACCAACUCACUGGUUCACUGCCUGAUAUCACAAGAUUUUCGUUACUCAAAGAACUGAAUGUUGAUUCCAAUCUGUUGAAUGGAUACCUACCAAAAGUUUUUGAACAUAAAUUAGUUCUGCAAUCACUAGAUUUGUCAAACAAUUAUCUCCAAGGUCCUCUUCCCAAUUUUACAAGAUUUCCAUUCUUGAAAAAUUUGGCCCUUAGGCCAUCUCCAGCAGUGGUGAUCCAAAAAUCCAAAUUUAGAUCACCAACUGAUCCAAAUUCUGAUCUAAAUUUCUGA